AUGAGCGAACGAGCCAAAAACUCUCCGUACGUCAAGAUCGGUCACUACACUCUUGGGCACACCAUCGGGACGGGCACCUUUGGCAAGGUGAAAAUCGGAAAACACCAGCUCACUGGAUCCAAAGUCGCUAUAAAAAUCCUCAACCGUCAACGAAUCAAGAACCUAGAUGUCGUCGAUAAAAUCAAGAGAGAGAUCCAGAAUCUCAAACUGUUCAGGCACCCUCACAUCAUCAAAAUGUAUCAAGUGAUAUCCACCCCGACCGAUAUAUUCAUGGUGAUGGAAUACAUCUCAGGAGGUGAACUAUUCGACUACAUAGUCAAACGAGGACGGCUGAAAGAGAGUGAAGCCCGCCGGCUCUUCCAGCAGAUUAUCUCAGCGGUAGAUUACUGCCAUCGCCAUCGUGUGGUGCACCGCGAUUUGAAACCUGAGAAUGUUCUACUCGAUAAAAACAAUAACGUCAAAAUCGCCGAUUUCGGACUCUGCAACUUCAUGAUGGACGGAGAGUUCCUGCGCACGUCCUGCGGCUCUCCGAACUACGCUGCGCCCGAAGUCAUAUCCGGGAAACUCUACGCCGGGCCGGAGGUAGACAUUUGGUCCUGCGGUAUUAUUCUCUACGCUCUGCUGUGCGGGAGACUGCCGUUCGACGAUGAGCACGUCUCGCUCCUGUUCAAGAAAAUCAAUGCCGGUGUUUUCUCGAUACCCGAUCAUCUCGCGAAGCCCGUGGUCAGCUUGCUGGUGCACAUGCUCCAAGUGAACCCGAUCAGGAGGGCAACCGUCGAUGACAUAAAAAGCCACGACUGGUUCAAGAAAGAUCUUCCGGCGUAUCUGAACUCCCCCCCGCACGAAACGCUCGACGCUUCGAUCGUUGACCUCGAUGCGGUCGACGAUGUUUGCCGGAAGUUCGGAGUCCAAGACAAGGAGGUGCAUUCCGCUCUGCUCAGCGACAACGUACAGGAGCCCUUAGUGACGGCUUAUCAUCUGAUUGUCGAUAACAAGAGAAUCGAUAACGAGACGGAGAAAUUCAAGGAGUUCUACGUUGCGUCCAGUCCGAUGGCACACUCAGGCUGCUUGGAUCCGAUGACCGCGGGUCACCUGCAUCCAGAGAAGCUCGCCGGUGGCCGCUUCUGGGAAGCCCAGCGGAGGGCCAAGUGGCAUCUGGGCAUACGGUCGCAUUCACGACCUGAGGAGAUCAUGAAGGAGGUUUAUCGGGCGAUUAAAGCGCUAGAUUUCGAAUGGAAAGUCGUGAAUGACUACAACGUGCGCGUUCGACGGAAGACCUUGCCGAAGCUACACUAUACGUGUAUGGAGCUGCAGCUGUACAGAGUCGAUGGCAAUAAUUACCUUCUGGACUUCAAAUCGCUCCCGUAUGCAAGCGAGCAGGUGCCGGAUCCGAAUGUACUCAAUGAAGCUCCUCUGACGUUACACAAUCACAUGGGAUUCCUCGAAAUGUGUACUUCCCUGAUCACGCAGCUCGCGCGGUAGAAGAUCGAGAGAGAAGAAAAUCAUUCCAAUAGACUGUUAUUUAAAAUCGACAUUUGAUAUUUCAGACUUCUUUCUUAUGUAAAA